GGAGUCGGCAGGGCGGGCGCCGGGAUCGCGGAGGCGCGGGCGGCCGCGCGGCCCUUUAAUAGCGCGCCCGGCACCCGCUUCUCCAGACGCGGCUCCCCGCGCCCCUUCCCGCUCUUUCCCCAGGGGCGCUUUCGGCCCAACCUUCCCAGCCUUCGGGGCGCAGCGAAUCCUCCCGACCUCGCCACCAGCUCCUGGACAUGGCGUCUCCCACCGGACCCCGGCUGACCUGCCCCGAGGCCGCUGUCUCCAGGACACUCCUCCUCGGCUGGGUCCUGGUCCAGGUGGCCGGAGCCUCAGGCACUACAGGUGUGGUGGUGGCAUAUAAUUUAACAUGGAAAUCAACGAAUUUCAAGACAAUUUUGGAGUGGGAACCCAAGCCCAUCAAUCAUGUCUACACUGUUCAGAUAAGCCAUAGAUUAGGAAACUGGAAAAACAAAUGCUACUCCAUCACAGACACAGAGUGCGACCUCACUGAUGAGAUUGUGAAAGACGUGAAGCAGACGUACUCAGCGCGGGUCCUUUCCAUGCCGGCAAAUGCCACCGGUUACACAGGGGAGCCCAAGUACACAAACUCCCCGGAGUUCAUUCCUUACUUAGAGACAAACCUCGGACGGCCAACAAUUCAGAGUUUUGAACAAAUUGGGACAAAACUGAAUGUGACGGUACAGGAUACACGGACCUUAGUCAGAAUGAAUGGCACAUUCCUGAGCCUCCGGGAUGUCUUUGGCGAGGACUUAAGUUACACACUUUACUAUUGGAAAGCUUCAAGUACAGGAAAGAAAAUGGUCAAGACAAACACUAAUGAGUUUUUGAUUGAUGUGGAUAAAGGACAAAACUACUGUUUCAAUGUUCAAGCCGUGAUUGCAUCACGAAAAGCUAACCAGAAGAGUCCAGAAAGCCCCAUUGAGUGCACCAGCCACGAGAAGGGCGUGUUCAAAGACAUGUUCUUCAUCAUCGGAGCAGUGGUGUUUGUGGCCAUCAUCUUCAUCAUCACCCUGGCCCUGUGUCUAUACAAGUGCAGGAAGGCCAGAACAAGGCGAAGUGGCAAGGAGAGCUCCCCGCUCGGUGUUGCAUAAAGCACGUGACAUUGGAGCUGCCAACUUCUGCAGAGUUUGUAUUGCACUGUGACAGAGAACUUUGAAAAGAAUGGAAUAUAUGGAAACAAAAAUGAAUAUUUUGGAGCAUGGAGACCCUUGGGCCCAAAGAAAGUUCUUUAUCUGACUGUUCUCAUGAUUAGCAUUCUGGUUUUGAGACCAGCACUCAUCACUUUGGAAUGUAAUGAAUGGUACAACCAAUUCCAAGUUUUUUAAAUUUCUUUUUUAACACUAUGGCAUCUUUUGCACAUAUCAUGCUUUAGACUGUAUUUUCUACACUCAAGACGAAACCAGGCCAUCUAAGCAAAAACAAAUGAACAAAUGCCUUAAAAAGUCCUGGUGGACUUUUGGAGUAUUUUCAACGCGCUGACUUCAAACCAUGUGGGAGAGUAAAAUGGAAAUUGGGUGGACUUUUCUAACAUGUGUCUGUCCUUUUAAAAUGUGGAGUUUAGGUGUUUGUUUUUUCUUAAGAGUUCUUUUGGAGGUUCAAAACAGUUGGCAAAACAUAUGCAUGUGUUAAAUGCAGAAGACUUCUACUUUGCCUGACCAAGCCUGACAACUUUGGGCAUAUGCAUUACAGUUUAGCACUUUAACUGACUUAAAUGCUAUUGAUUAAACACUUGACAGCUAGCUAUAUUUUUAUAAGACUACUAUACAAACAAACUAAAGUUUAUGAUUUAAGGUACUUCAAGUUUAUAUGGUCAACAUUGUGUAUAUUUUUAUAAAUUUUUAAAGGUUUUAUAUAUGGGGAUUUUCUAUUUAUAGAAGUAAUAUUCUGUUUGUAUAUAUUGAUAUAAUUUAUUUAAUAUAGUUUUAUAUAAAUAAAGGUGACUGGGAAUUGUGA